AUGUUUGGGCAGGCAAUCGCAGACGCAAACUGUAAAGUACUUUGUCCUAUAUUAAAGUGUACGAAAGGUGGAGGUUCACUUGUAUUCGAACCGGGUCUCUGCAACUGCAGUUCCAGGCGCCUUUUCCAUUACACCAUCGAGCCACCAAUCAUACAAAUUUUGCCUAAUCUCUAUUGCAAACAUGAUGCAAUUAUUCACUCUUCAGGUCGAAUCAUUCAACACAUCGCCGUAUGGGUCUUGAGAUCCGCUCUGAACUUCGCAAGUGAUAGAGAAGUAGUCAGAGAAGGAGGUAGAGAGUUCCAGAGAAAAGGACCAGAAAAAGCAAAAGCAGAUUUGGCAAAAGAGUGUUUAACACGAGUUAAGAAAAAGCGAGAAGAAGAAGACGAUCGUAAACCGGGGCUUUUAGGUUGA